AUGAGGGCCUGUGUCCCCCUGAUAGUGGCUGUGCUCUGUGGCAUGGCCUGGGCUGGUAAGAGAGAGUCAUGCGCAUCUCGCUGCCACGAGAAUUUUGACCGGGAUGCUGCCUGCCAGUGUGACCGCCGGUGUCCCCGGCACGGGGACUGCUGUGACGACUAUGAGCACCUGUGUACAGCUCAGAAGAAGCCUAAAGAGCAGAAGACAUUCCUGGAGCUGGAGGAAGAGGCUGACGAAGGCCCAGCUAGCAACCUGUACUCAGCACCCAGCUCCUGCCGAGGCCGCUGCCAUAAAGCCAUGGACAAGCACCACCCAUGCCACUGUGACGCCCACUGCCAAGAGUUUGAGAACUGCUGUGAAGAUUUCGAGACCUUGUGUAGCCACGAGGGCUUCUCUCACAGCAGUGACGCUAUAACCAAGGAGGAGCUCCAGAGCAUCUCUGAGAAGAUCUAUGAGGUAGACAUCAACAAGGCUCAGAAGUCAGACAUCAUUCUCAACAGCCAGAACCGCAUCUCAUCUUCGGAUACGGGAGACAAAGUAGAUCGCAGCCCAGAACCGCUCUUCACCUAUGUCAAUGAGGAGCUGCUCUCCAAACCAACCUAUGCUGCCUUCAUCAAUCUCCUCAACAAUUACCAGCGGGCCACAGGCCACGGGGAGCACUUCAGCGACCAGCAGCUGGCUGAGCAGGAUACCUUCCUUAGAGAGAUCAUGAAGACCGCUGUCAUGAAGGAACUCUACAGCUUCCUCCAUCACCAGAAUCGCUACAGCUCAGAACAAGAAUUUGUCGAUGACUUGAAGAACAUGUGGUUUGGACUCUAUUCAAGAGGCAACGAUGAGGGAGAUUCAAGUGGCUUUGAACAUGUCUUCUCAGGUGAAGUAAAAAAAGGCAAGGUCACGGGCUUCCACAACUGGAUCCGCUUCUACCUGCAGGAGAAGGAAGGCCUGGUUGACUACUACAGCUACACCUACGAUGGGCCUUGGGACUCCUAUCCUGAUGUACUGGCCAUGCAGUUCAACUGGGAUGGCUACUAUAAGGAAGUAGGUGCUGCUUUCAUUGGGAGCAGCCCGGAGUUUGAGUUUGCACUCUACACCCUGUGCUUCAUUGCCAGGCCAGGCAAAGUGUGCCGCUUAAGCCUGGGUGGUCAUCCCCUGGCCAUUCAGACGUACACCUGGGACAAGUCUACUUAUGGAAAUGGCAAGAAAUACAUCGCCACUGCCUACGUGGUAUCUUCUCACUGAUAGAACUCUGAGCCAGAAAAAGGCACGAG